AUUUAUGAGAUUUUAUUUCUUGAAAAUUGAACUCUCGACUUUUUGAUAUUUGUCUAAACUAAAUAAGAUAAUAUUAAAUUUAAAAUUGUUUUAUAUAAUAUAUACUAUAUUGAUAUUUCCAGAUUAUCAAAAACACCAUCAGUUUUAGAAUUGUAAUUAAUUAAUUUUAAAUAUAAUGACAAAAUCUGUAAAUAAAAAAAUUACAAAAAGUAUUUAAUUUAUUGUAAAUAUAAUGGUUAAAUGUGUAAAUAAAAAUAAAUAUUAAACGUGGUUCAAUCCUAAGCUUUUUUUAUUUAAUCAUCACUUCAUGGAUAUAAGUGGAACAGAUUUGGAAAAAUUACAUGUUUACCACUUUUAUGGUACCACUUUUCAUUUUUACCACUACUAAGGAGACAUUUUCAUAAAUACAUUCUUCAAGACUCUUAUGCCUUUGUUAUUUAUAUAUAUAAUAAAUCAAUAUUUAAAUAAAAAAUAAAAAAGAAAUAAAAAAAUAAAAAAAAUUUUGAAUUAUACUUUUUCAAAUUCGAAUUUUUUUAUAAAUUUUUCUUUUUGAAAUUUUUUUUUUCAAAUUUCUUUUUGAAAAACGAAAAUUAUGUUUGAAAUUAUUUUUUAAAAUUUUUUUAAGUAUUUAUUUAUAUAUUUAUUAGAAUCCUAAAUUUCACAUUCCAAAAACCCUUCCCCACCCCUCAACUCUAAACCCUAAGUCUAGAUUAGUUAACCCUAAGGGUAUAAUUUUUUUUUACCCUUCAUUAAAAGUGAGGGUAAAAGUGGUUAGUGUAAACAUGAAAAGUAGUACUAUGAAUGUGCUAUUUGUGGUAAUUUCUCAAGGAAUUUUGAGUAUUGUAUAAUUUUUAAUGGACAUCUAAUAAUAACAUUAUAUAAAUAAUUAUAUUAUGAAAUCAAAUCAUGAAAAUUUAAUGAAAAUAUAUAAUUUUAUCUAUUUAAUUGCUAAACAAAAUUGUAACUAUACUUUGUUAUUUUUUUUUAAAAAAAAAUUAACCACUAUUUUAGAAUAAAGUACAAAAUUGAUGUAUGCAAUGACUAUAACACAAUUGUAUAGUUAUGCAACAUUACAAAUUCAAUACAUUUAUCAAAAUCUCUUACUAAUAUUUUUAAAAAAAUAUUAUACACAAACUUAUAAAUUAAAUUUUUAUAACAUAUAAGAAACAAAUUACAGAAAAAUGUAACAUAUUUACACAAAAAAAACAAAAAAAAUAGAAACAACAUUAUACCCGGACUUGAAGCACGGAUUAAGAUCUAAAAUAGACUAAUACAAUUACAAAGAAAAGACAUAUGUGUAUAUAAUUACAAAGAAACGAAUAUAUGUUGACGGGUCAACUUUUAAAUUGCUAUUGUUUUAUAAAAUAAAUUUUGAUUAAGAUUUAGACACAAAUAUGAUUACACAAAUGGUGAAGGCAGAUCAAAGACCUAAUUUCUGAGUUGUUGUAUGAAGAUGUAUUAGUAGAAGCUUCAGAAACAGAAUGUUAGAUUAAAAAAUGGAGGAGAAAGAGCAACAUAAUUAUGAAUCAUUUUUCUCUCUCUCUUUUUUUUUUUUUUAACAAUUUGAGAUGUUGAAAUAAUAAAAGUGUAGAGCAAGCUGGGAUGAAUGAAAGCAAACAAAUUGAAGUACUUAUCUACUGUUGGUAAUCCAGAUAUUUUAUGAAUGGAUGCAUGCAAAACCAAGAUUACACCUUUUUAUUAGCUUAAGAGUCCUACUGACAAAGAGAUACCAAAGUGUAUUUACGAAAAAAAAUAUUUUAAGACAUGCGCCUCCCAUAAUCCAUCCACCUAGAAAUCCACCAAAACACAUAAAUAUUAGUCGUGAAGAACAUGAUCAUAAAAGGUGGGAUCAAUAUUUACCAUAGUCGGGUCGGGUAGGGUCGGGCCGGGCCGGGCGAUAUAGUUGGUAGUGGGCUUCGAAGAGAGGCCCAACGGUAUACAUAUAUAUAUAUAUAUAUAAUUAGAGACAAUAUUUUUCUAAAUUUGGAUUCUGCGGCAGUAUAAAGAAAAAGCAAACCCUAAACUCCUCCUCCCCGGGCUUCCACCAUGUCCUUCCUCAGGCGCAUUGUCCAAAACCCGACCUUAUCGAAAGCAGUUCCGGUGGGGAAGGCGAUGAUCCCUUUCCCACUGGGAAGAGACCCUUCGUCACUCCCAAAAAUAAAUCCAAACUGCGACGACAUCGACAUGGAUCGCCGCCCAAUAUCUCUGCGCUACCGAGUAACAGCAAUGCUCGGGCUGUCUAAUCUCGACAAAGCCGUCGAGUACUCUCACCACGCUGUCUCUGAAAAGUAUCGUUUCAAAAGAGACACUGUCUUCAUCUGCAAUUCAGUAAUUGGAGCCAUGUGCGACGCAAAACGUUACGAGGAAGCCAUCUCUCUGUUCAACUACUUUUUCAACGAGUCUCAAACACUCCCGAACAUGCUCUCUUGCAAUCUCAUCAUCAAAGCUCACUGCGACCAAGGCUGUCUCGACGACGCUCUUGAUCUUUUCAGUCACAUAGUCAUAGACGGACGUUUGUCUCCAGGGGUGGAUACAUACGUGAUACUCACGAAAGCCUUGGUUGAUGCUAAAAGACUCGACGAAGCUUGCGUUUUAGUGGCGUCCAUGGGGCGUUGUUAUUUCAUGGUCUACGACGUACUCAUUCGAGGGUUGUUGGAUGCAGGGAGAUACGUAAAGGCUAGCCAAAUAAUCGAGGAACUGAAGAGUAAACUCCCAUGGAGAGUAUAUCACAUGGCAAUGGCACUCUAUAAGGUAUCGUUGAUGGAGUAUUGGUUCAAGCAAGGCAAAGAUGAGGAAGCUAUGGAGAUAUACAAGGUUUUGGACAUGUCUGAACAGAUGAACGAUAUUGUCGGAAAUAGGGUUUUGCGAGUUUUGGUCGAGCACGGUAAGAAAACAGAAGCUUGGGAACUGUUCGAUGAGAUUAUAGGAUUCUGCUAUCCCGACACGAUUGGUAUAGUGAUGAAGUCUUUUAGUGAUGAAAAGACUAUACCGUUGUCGUGGGCUAGUGAGACGUGUUAUAGGACGAUCAUCGCGUGUCUAUGCGAACAAGGAAAGAUGUCGGAGGCAGAGGAGUUCUUUGCAAAGAUGUUUUCAAACUGUGAGGAAGAGGAAUUGAUGGUGGGACCUGACGUUUCAACAUUCAGAGCAAUGGUCAAUGGGUACGUUAUGGUUGGGAGAGUGGAUGAUGCUUUCAAGAUGUUGAACAAGAUGAAGAUUUCAAAUUUAAGAAAGCUUGCUAUUCAUCGAGCCACAUAA